UCCGCGCCCGGGCGCCUCGGCCGACCAAUCAACGGCCUCGAACAAAUAUUCAAAAACAUUCUUUUUUUUUUCAAAUUUUUUCGUUCUCGCUUGCGAUCGACUGCUGUAGCUAGAUUCUGCACAUAAAAAAAAGUAUCAUGUAGGUGUGGUUGUGUAAACUGGAAUAGACGAAUGGAAAACUAGUUUAAAGUGGACUAAUUAGAAUUGUGGUUAGGUAUUUAAAUACUAUAACCUAGGAUUUCAUUACAAUUUUCGAUAUUAGCAACUACGUAUUAACCCGUAUAUACCCAACGUGUGUAACUUUGAAUGUAAACUAAUUUUCUCUUUAAUUAAAAUAUUGCAGUAAAUUUAACGUUUGAAAUAUAAAGUGUGAAAAUUUUUAGCAAUUUUUUGCUGCUAGUUAAUAAUAAGUUAAGGAUAUCUUGACUUAGUUCAAAAAUAUUCGCUGAACUAAUUCCAAUAAUUAUUACUUGUGAAGAAAAUCAUCUGUAUCCGCCAUUCAGCUAUAGACGAAUCAUCCACUUCGUCAAACCAAAGUUGAGAACAGUUAAAAAUAACACCAUGACUUCCAACGCAUGAAACAAACUUUCAACAAACUCUACAUUGGUGUUGGUCCUUGAACUAUACUGCUGGCUUUGGAGCUUACAUCGCACUGAUGAUAUGCUGCAGCUGCGGCGGGUCGGCGGGUGUGCGGGGCCGGACAUGAGCGCGCGCGUGGAGCCGACAUGAGCCGGCUGGCGCUCCUGGCGACGGCGCUGCGCCUGGUCUCGUGCGCCGUCACCACAGACCUGAGCCAUGCAGUGGAGGAGUGGACGCCUCGCUGGACCAGCGAGUCCCCGCCCACGCCGACAGAGCCCGCCACCAGGUCCCCGACCCCGGCGGCAACCCCCGCGGCGGCGGCGGCGCCCCGCGGCCGGACGGACUCGCCGCUGCUGGGGCACAUCUUCGACACGCAUGCCGCCCGCGACAAGCACCACCACCACCACGACCCGCGCUGGGGCCCGCACUUCGAGGCCGGCGGCGCGCCCCUCGCCGACAUCACCGUGCAGGCGGGCGGCUCCGCCGAGCUCGACUGCCGCAUCAGCCUGCUGCAGGACAAGACGGUGUCGUGGGUGCGGCGGCGGCCCGGCGGAGCGCAGGACCAGCUCGAGCUGCUGACGGUCGGCGCGCACACCUACAGCGGCGACCCGCGCUACUCGGUGCGCUUCCAGUACCCCAACAACUGGCGGCUGCGGCUGGACCGCGCGCGCAAGAAGGACGAGGGCGUGUACGAGUGCCAGAUCUCCACGCACCCGCCGCUCGCCAGCGCCACCCACCUGCACGUCAACGCGCCGGAGGUGUGGAUCGUGGACGAGCAGGGCGAGGCGCUGCAGGAGAAGUACUACGAGCAGGACAGCACCAUCCAGCUGGACUGCAUCGUGCGCCACGCCGCCAUGACGGCCUCCGUGGUCAGCUGGCUGCACGGCGACCGCCCGCUCAACUACGACACCACGCGCGGCGGCAUCAGUGUAAAAACCAGUCUACAUGAGGAAGGUGCCAACAGUUCUUUAUCAAUAGCCAGGGUCAACAAGUCCGAUUCCGGCAACUACUCGUGUUCCAUCUCGGCGACAGACUUCGCCACAGUGUCUGUCCACGUCCUGACAGGAUUUUGUAGUCUAGUAUGA